AUGACCGGCCUUACUACCGUCUCGCAGCCUCCCCUCCGCCGUGUUGCUGCAACAGCUGGAGCAGAUGUUAUCAUCAAUAUCCUUCAGGAGGACGGUGCGGUCGUUAUCGAAAACUUCUGCGAUUCAGGUGUAAUCGACCAGCUGAAUGGUGAAUUGGAACCAUAUCUAGCUCGCGAUGUCGACCUCUUCAAAAAUUUAGCCGACUUUCACGGUCUGGGAUCCAAGCGUAUCUGCAAUCUCCCCGCGAAAAGCGAGGCAUUCCGGCAGAACAUCCUGAAUGAUACCUUGGUGCAUGAUAUCUGUCGAAAGAUUUAUUCUGAGCAGCAGAAUGUUGACUAUUGGUUGGGAAUGGGAGCAAUGCUGCAGAACUUGCCAGGCGGGGAUAAGCAGGAUUUGCAUCGUGAUCAAAUGUUAUUCCCUCUCUCCAAGGCACUUGGAGAAGCCGGACCAAUGGUCAUGAUCAACUUCUUCUUGGCCCUGGACAAUAUUACUGAGGAGAAUGGUGGAACCCGUGUCAUCCCUGGCAGUCACUUGUGGUCGGACUUUAGUGACCAUGGCGAAGCGUCUGUUCCUGUGGAGAUGAAAGCCGGAGAUGCGUUUCUUCUGGGUGGCAAGACAGUCCACGCUGCUGGCCAGAAUGUAAGCCAGGAUUCUAUUCGUCGACUCAUCAUCUUUGGGUUUCAGCCGGGGUACCUGACUCCCUUUGAAUCGUUUAUGGGCAUACCGCGCGACAUCGUUGAGAGUAUGACACCUCUUGCCCGAAGAAUGAUUGGUUGGGGAUCACCCAUGGUAGAGGGGUUGCCCGUGUGGACAAUGGAUUCUAAAGACAUUGGGCUUUGGCGGGAGAGAGAAGGGGUUCAGCACAAGCUUAGCACUUAG